CCUUUCGGCUCCCUCCCGAGGCGCCGGCUGGUUGGCGGCGGGAGUUGCGGCGCUCGCGGUGGUGUCCUCGCGGCGGAGCCGGCGCCCUGGGCCGCGGUGCGCGGCGCGCCAUGGCGGCCUCGGGCUGUGAGGACCCGCAGGGCCAGGACGGGGAGAGUUUUCUGUACUUCGCCUACGGUAGCAAUCUGCUGACCGAGCGGAUCCACCUCCGAAACCCGUCGGCCGCCUUCUGCUGCGUGGCCCGCCUGCAGGAUUUUAAGCUUGACUUUGGCAAUUCCCAAGGCAAAACAAGUGAAACUUGGCAUGGAGGUAUAGCCACCAUUUUUCAAAGUCCUGGAGAUGAAGUAUGGGGAGUAGUAUGGAAAAUGAACAAAAGCAAUUUAAGUUCUCUGGAUAAGCAAGAAGGGGUUAAAAGCGGAACAUAUGUUCCAAUAGAAGUUGAUGUUUAUACUCAAGAAGGAAAAGAAAUAACCUGUCGAAGUUAUCAGAUGAAAAAUUAUGAGAGUGCUCCCCCAUCUCCCCAGUAUAAAAAGGUCAUUUGCCUAGGUGCAAAAGAAAACGGUUUGCCACUGGAGUAUCAAAAGAAGUUAAAUGCAAUAGAACCAAAUGACUACAAAGGAGAAGUCUCAGAAGAAAUUGAAGACAUUAUCAAAAAGGGAGAAAUAAAAACUCGUUAGAACCUAAUAGAAUAUAUCUACAGAUAUUUUCUGAAUAAGGCGAGGAUACCUGCUCUUACCACUGUUAUUCAACAUGGUGCUAGAAGUUCUAGCCAGUGCAAUAAGGAAAAAAGAAAAAAGAAAAGAAAAGAAAAGAGAAAAAAGAAAGAAAAGAAGAAAAGAAAAGAAAAGAAAAGAAAAGAAAAGAAAAAAAAGAAAAGAAAGGCUUACAAAUUGGAAAGGAACAAAUGAAACAGUUCCUAUUUGAUAUGGGAUAUGAUUGUCCAUGCAGAAAAUUUCCUAGGAAUCUACAGAAAAAAAGUAUUGCCUAGAACCAAUAACUGAAUCCAGCAAAGUCUCAGAAUACAAGAUAAACGUACAAAAAUCAAUUGUAUUUCUAUACAUUGAGAUACAUGGACAGUGAAAUUAAAAAUGUAAUAACCAUUUGCAAUUGGUUUUUGUAAAACUGUAAUAUUUCUUAUUAAGAUAAAAUCCAUACAACAAAAUUAACUAUUUUAAAGUGAAAAAUUUAAUGGCACUUAAUACAUUCACAAUAUUGCCCAACUACUACCUCUGUCUACUUUCAAAAUGUUUUCAUCAUCCUAAAUGGGAACCACAUAUCCAUUGAGCAGUUAUUCUCCAUUCCUCCCCCCUCCCCAAUUCCCUGGAAACCACCAAUCUGCAUUCUGUCUCUGGAUUUACCUAUUCUGUAUAUUUCAAAUAAAAGGAAUGUGACCUUU